ACACGCUGGUUAAACGGGCGUACGACGAUUGACGGGGGUAUUCUAGCCAGCGGCGACCUAAAUAAUCAAUUUUAAAGUGACCCAUUUCGUCAAAUUCAUCUUCUUCGUCUUCAUCGCAGCAUCGGCGCUCCAUCUUCUGCUCCCUCCCCCACUUCGUGCUCGGGUUCCAUCUUCCGCUCCUUCCCCCACUCGCGGUCGGCACGCAGGCUCGGCCGGCGUCAGCGGCUCCCCAUCCCGCCAGUACAGGAAGAGGGCCGCCGCUUGGAGCUCGCGGGAGGUAGCGUCGCCACCGCCGCAUGGAGGUCCCGAAUGGCUGAAUCCUGACCGCUGCCUGGAGAGUCUCGCGCCUAAAUCACAUCAUAUUGAGCUUCUCGCCUUUGGAUCCGUCUUAUUAUUUGCUCACACUGAAGAAUUAGUUUGCACUUUGGAGGAAAAUGAGUGGUGCUCCAAAGAGGUUGCUCGAGGAAGGUAGUCACUCCACACCAACAAAACGCCCUUUGGAUGACAGCAGCUUGUAUUCGAGUCCUGGGAAAUUUAUUCAGUCCGGUGGCAGUGAUUUCCAUGGUUCUUCUGAACAUGAUGGUAGAUUUGCGAAAUUUCAACGUGUGGAGUCUCGUGAUGAUAAGAGGCCAUCUGUACAUCGGAUGCCUGUUGGCUCCACUAACUUUGCUGUUCACCCCAUCUCGUCUGACAGCAGAUUAGAGUCAAAGCAAAAUAAAGAUGCACGGGACAGUAAGGCAGAUGACCGCGAAACAAAAGUCGAUGCCAGGGACGUUCAUAGUGAUUCAAGGAUUGAAUUUCAGGCUAAUAAAAUUGAGAGUGAUGUAAAGGUAGACAAUAGAGCAGAUGAAAGUGAAAUAAGGGCUGACAGGAGGGGCCAUCCUGAUUACAGAACUGACAUAAAAUUUGGUAAGGAUAGUCAUUCUACUGUUCCAGCAAACAUAAACUGGAAGGACAACAAGGAGCACAGGGGUAAAAGACAUUUUGAACCGCCCGCUGAUACUGUGGAUUGGCGUUUGCCCCGUCCUAGUUUACAAAGUAUCGAUGAAGCUCCCAAAGGUCCAAUUUCUGUGGAAGGACGUAAUUCCAAGGACACAAAUGAAUCUGCUGGUGAUUACAAAGCUGAACCAAAAAACGAAGAUAGGUUCAGAGACAAGGACAGGAAAAAGAAGGACGAGAAGCAUAGGGACUUCGGUGCAAGAGAAGGCGAUAGAAAUGAUCGUCGGACCGGUGUACCACUUGGCAGUAGUGGUGUUGAGCGAAGAGAAAUGCAAAGGGAAGAUAGGGAUGCUGAGAAAUGGGACAGGGAAAGAAAAGAUUCCCUGCGAGACAAGGAAGGCAAUGAUAGGGAGAAGGAUUCUGCUAGGAAAGAUUCAUCUGUAGUAAUUGCAAAGGAUAACCCUAUACUAGAAAAAGCUUCAUCUGAUGGAGCUGUUAAGAGUGCUGAGCAUGAGAAUACGACAACAGAAUCCAAGGCACCUAAGGAUGAUGUAUGGAAAGCUCACGAUAGGGAUCCUAAGGACAAGAAAAGAGAGAAGGAUGUGGAUGCAGGAGACUGGCUUGAGCAACGAAACAAAUAUAAUGAUAAGGAAUUAGAUGACAAUGCCAUUGAAGGAGAUAUGGAGAAAGAUAAGGAUGUUUUUGGAAGUGUCCAACGAAGGAGGAUGGUGCGACCAAGGGGAGGUAGUCAAGUAUCUCAGCGUGAACCUCGAUUCCGGUCCAGAAUGCGUGAUGGUGAAGGGUCUCAAGGUAAGUCUGAGGUGUCUGCCAUUGUUUAUAAAGCUGGGGAGUGCAUGCAGGAGCUUCUGAAAUCAUGGAAAGAGUUUGAUGUAACUCAGGAUGCUACAAUUGCUGAAAGCCUACAACAUGGUCCUACUCUUGAAAUCCGAAUACCUGCAGAAUUUGUUACUUCCACUAACCGUCAGGUAAAAGGUGCUCAGCUCUGGGGAACAGAUAUUUAUACAAAUGAUUCAGAUCUUGUGGCUGUGCUAAUGCAUACUGGUUACUGCUCCCCUACAUCCUCCCCUCCACCAUCCGCCAUUCAAGAGCUUCGUGCAACUGUUCGAGUUCUACCACCACAAGAGAGUUAUACUUCAACACUGAGGAACAAUGUGCGUUCACGUGCUUGGGGUGCUGGGAUUGGUUGUAGCUUUCGGAUUGAACGUUGCUGCAUUUUCAAGAAAGGUGGUGGCACCAUUGGUCUUGAGCCACGCCUUAGCCACGUGUCAGCUGUGGAGCCUACUCUCGCCCCAGUUGCAGUUGAGCGUACAAUGACGACAAGAGCUGCAGCUUCUAAUGCAUUGCGGCAACAAAGAUUUGUCCGUGAAGUGACUAUACAGUACAAUCUGUGCAAUGAGCCAUGGUUGAAAUAUAGUAUAAACAUUGUGGCAGAUAAGGGAUUGAAAAAGUCUCUUUAUACUUCUGCUAGACUGAAGAAAGGAGAAGUCAUAUAUUUAGAAACACACAUUAAUAGUUUAAACAGGUAUGAGCUUUGCUUCAGUGGAGACAAGCCUUGCAUUAUUGGAUCAAGCUCCAAUGCAUCUGAAUCAGAAACGGAGAAACACCAGAGCGGGAGUCACCAUUCUCAGAAUGGUGACAGAGGCUGUGUGGAGCAUGAACUCCGGGAUGUGUUCCGGUGGUCCCGCUGUAAGAAGGCCAUGCCUGAAAGUGCCAUGCGCUCCAUCGGUAUCCCACUACCAGCAGACCAGUUAGAGGUAUUGCAGGAUAACCUCGAAUGGGAGGAUGUGCAGUGGUCACAGACCGGUGUGUGGGUAUCUGGGAAGGAGUAUCCCCUCGCCCGAGUGCACUUCCUCUCGGCGAACUAGAAGCAGAUGAUGUUGGCUGUGUUCGUGGGGGGAAAAAAGAAGGUGAUGUUGGAGCAACAAAGGAAUUAAUAUUUCUUGUGGACAAGACAGAGUCGGGAACAUUGCGUUUGCUUGUACGGGUCACCAUGCCAUGUGUACAAAAGAAGGAUCAGUUGGUUAGUGUUGAUAUGGUAGCCUUACUGUGUUGACAAUAACACUAUUCAUUAGGCUGGCCUGCUGCCCAUGCAUGUGCCAAAGCUAUAUUUGCUGGUUUUAGGUCCUGUGUCGGUACGCAAAUAACUUGCAAUAUGCUUGCUUCUCAAGUAAUCUGGCCAUCCUUAUUGGAACACUGCUUCCUCUGUCCCUGAAUAAUAGUUUUAACAAGUUCAAAACA